AAAAAGGAAAGGAGUAAUACCCUGAAUAUUGCUAUAGACAACAUGUGUAAGAAGACAAGAGACCUUCGCAGACAGCUCCGUAAGGCUAUUAUAGAUCAUGUGUCAGACUCCUUUUUGGAUACAACAGUCCCACUUUUGGUUCUCAUUGAAGCUGCCAAGAAUGGCCGAGAAAAGGAAAUAAAAGAAUAUGCUUCAAUAUUUCAUGAACACACCAGCAGGCUUAUAGAGGUGGCAAAUCUUGCUUGUUCUAUGUCAACAAAUGAAGAUGGAAUUAAAAUUGUCAAAAUUGCGGCCAAUCACCUAGAAACCUUGUGUCCACAGAUCAUUAAUGCUGCACUUGCUUUGGCGGCAAGACCCAAAAGUCAAGUGGUCAAAAAAACCAUGGAAAUGUACAAGCACACGUGGGAGAAUCAUAUCCAUGUCCUCACCGAAGCUGUAGAUGACAUUACAAGCAUUGAUGACUUCCUUGCUGUAUCUGAGAGCCAUAUCCUAGAAGAUGUCAACAAGUGUAUCAUAGCAUUGAGAGACCAGGAUGCUGAUAAUGUAGACCGUGCUGCAGGUGCUAUCAGAGGACGGGCAGCAAGAGUUGCUCACAUUGUCACAGGUGAAAUGGACAGUUAUGAGCCAGGAGCUUACACUGAAGGUGUGAUGAGAAAUGUUAACUUCCUUACGAGUACAGCAAUUCCUGAGUUUGUAACACAAGUGAACGUUGCCUUAGAAGCCUUAAGUAAAAACUCUUUGGAUGUAUUUGAUGAUGAUCAAUUUGUGGACAUCUCAAAGAAGAUCUAUGACACAAUUCAUGAUAUCAGAUGUUCAGUCAUGAUGAUUCGGACCCCGGAGGAACUGGAGGAUGUUUCUGACUUGGAGGAGGAACAUGAGGUGCGCAGUCACACCAGCAUUCAGACUGAAGGGAAAACUGACCGGGCUAAAAUGACUCAAUUGCCUGAGGCAGAAAAGGAAAAGAUUGCUGAGCAAGUUGCUGAUUUCAAGAAAGUAAAGAGUAAACUGGAUGCUGAGAUUGAGAUAUGGGAUGAUACCAGCAAUGAUAUCAUUGUUCUGGCCAAGAAGAUGUGUAUGAUUAUGAUGGAGAUGACAGACUUCACAAGGGGCAAAGGACCACUAAAGCAUACAACUGAUGUGAUCUAUGCAGCUAAAAUGAUAUCAGAAUCAGGAUCAAGGAUGGAUGUCCUUGCUCGGCAGAUUGCUAACCAGUGUCCAGAUCCAUCAUGCAAACAAGAUUUAUUGGCCUAUCUGGAACAGAUUAAGUUUUACUCUCACCAACUGAAAAUCUGCAGUCAAGUUAAAGCUGAGAUACAGAACCUGGGAGGAGAGCUCAUCAUGUCAGCUUUGGACAGCGUCACCUCCCUGAUCCAAGCAGCCAAAAAUUUAAUGAAUGCUGUGGUGCAAACAGUGAAAAUGUCUUACAUUGCCUCAACCAAGAUCAUCCGAAUUCAGAGUCCUUCUGGGCCCCGGCACCCAGUUGUGAUGUGGAGAAUGAAGGCUCCUGCAAAAAAGCCCUUGAUUAAAAGAGAGAAGCCAGAGGAAACUUGUGCAGCUGUCAGACGAGGCUCAGCAAAGAAAAAAAUCCACCCAGUGCAAGUCAUGAGUGAAUUUAGAGGAAGGCAUGUCUACUGAACCCACUAUUCUACUCUAGUGCUUAUAUUACAAAGUCCUGGUGAAACACAGUGCUUUAAUUUUACACUUAAUUAAUUCUGUAAGUUCACUAACUUUUAGAAUUUAACACACAAAUAACAUAAAAUAUUGGAGGCAAUAUGUAUUUGGGAUCAUGUCAUUGCCAUCUUUUUCUGGCCAGCACCUAAUAAGUAUGCAAUACAUGCUUGUUGAAUGAAUGAACCUUUUAGAUGUCACCCAGCCUUUCCUAUCACAGACAAUAUCUUACAUUCAUUACCAAAUGAACAUUGGAGACUCAAGUGAGUCCUGUUCAUCUGUAAAAGCUCAAAUACACUCACCUCAUCAUUUUGAACUAAAACAUUGACAUGAGCUCUUGACUUCGUUUUCAAUGAAAGCAAAAGACUUCAUAUUUUCCCAUUAAUCUCUAUAUUUUCUUUACCUGACCUAACCUGACAGACAUGUAUGGUUCUCUUAUCUAGAGAUUGAAUUUUUUUUUCACUAUCUAGAUAUCUGUAUCUAUUGUCAAUUGAUUAGGCUAACAUCAGAAACUAACCAAGCUCAACAGUCAAGUUCAGCCUUUAUUAUUAAUGAAACAUUUUUUUAACAUUAUAAAGAUUACAGUGAGUUUUGAUGCCACAAAUGUACCUCUUAAGUUUCCAUAGUAGUCAGCAGUUCUGCACAUUGAAGGUUAGGUUUAAACAGAUCCAUCAGAAUACAUAUAUGGAGGAAAAGUGAUGACCCAUUGGGGAAAUGGAACACAUAACUAUAUUCCUGAGUGAGUUAUUAUGACAGAAGUAGAAAGAGUUCUGCAUGACUCUAAAAAUCCAUUUGUAUUAGCUUGCAAUUGUAAUUAAAAAGAAAAGGCCAGUUUGAAAAACCUUUUGGUGUUGCGUAAAAUAUAACUGCAUGAAAUGUAUCAUUGAACUAAGAAGUAGAGUUAAUGGCAAUUAAGCUGGAGUGAUUUUAAUAAUAUUAUUUAAAAUAAAAAUCACUGAGGUCAUUUUAUAACCAGUCACUGCACUCAUCCUUAGUUAAGUUCAUGAAGGAUUUUAUAAUAGUCUUAGGGUCUGGUGCAUUGCCCGUCCCCUGCUCUCUCCCGAUCUCGCUCUCCCUGCCCCACCUUUCCCUCUUUGGAGGAGUUAAGUUUCAUUUUUUCUCAGACAUAGAGCUCCCAUUCACAAGAUUACAAACAUUCAUUCCCUAGUCUACUUUAUCAAAAUUAUACUAUAAUUGUAACUUCACUUCAUACGACAUUGCCGUAAAUGAGUUGUCUCAACAACUAUGUCAUCUUAGUCUGAUAAGUAAAAUUCAGACAUGCAACAUCAGUUGAUACCAGGAGGACCAGUUUGGGUAAAAGAAUGUGUGAAACAGGGCGCCUGGGUGGCUCAGUUGGUUAAGCGACUGCC